GGUGUGGAUCCGGACCUGUCUCUGUGGAUCUGGAUCCGGACCUGUCUCUGUGGUUUUGGGUGUGGAUCCGGACCUGUCUCUGUGGAUCUGGAUCCGGACCUGUCUCUCUCAGACUGGGCACAGACAUGGCAGAACUAAGGUUGGUGGUGCUGGGCGGGACCGGGACUGGUACUGGAAAAGAGCUGGUCCACACCAUUCUGGGCCUGCGAGACCCUGAGCAGGGUGAAGACGGGCCACCAGAUCAGGAGUGCACUAAACACAGAGGGCAGGUGGCGGGCAGACAGGUGGCGCUGGUCUCCACGCCGGCCUGGUUCAGUUCGUCCUGCCCUCCAGAGCAGCGGAACAGGAACAUCUCCUCCUUCAUUGCCCUGUCCAGCCCCGGGCCUCACGCCUUCCUGCUGUGUGUGCCGCUGAGCCGGCGUGCGGACGGCGAGGCGGCGGCGCUGGACGUCCUGCAGCAGCUGCUGGGCCCGUCCGCCGUCUCCUCCCACACCGUGGUGCUCUUCACCCACAUGGAGGAGCUGCAGCAGGACGAGCCGCUGGAGGAGUACCUCUUCACGUGGCGCAAGGACCUCCUGAAUCUGGUGGGCAGAUGUGGGGAUCGCUACCACACACUGGAGGUGGAGGAGGGGGGGGAGGGGCGGGCCGUGGAAGAGCUGCUGGAGAAGGUGGAGCAGGUGAUGGCGGAGCCCCUGAGCUGCCCGCUGUACCAGGAGGCUGAGAGGAGGCUCCGUGGAAGGCAGGCAGAGAUAGCAAGGCGAAGGAGAGGCGAGGGGCAGGAGGUGACCGAGGAAGACCUGCAAGCCGCUCGGGAUGAAGCGGAGAGCGGCGUCGGUGAUCUGGACAUCAACAUCCAACAUCUGUUCCCCUCCGCCUCUCCCCCAGCAGCCCCUGCCGCGCCCCCCUUCCCCUGGGCUUGGCUGCAGUGGUUGGCCCGGCUGGUGAGGAGGGAGGCCCUGCUGGGGGCCCUCGUGGGCCUAUUUGUUGGUGGUCCGUUUGGAGGUGUGGUCGGUGCGUCUGUGGGUGCCAUCGCUACGGAAGUGCAGAGGAGAAAGAGCCAGAAAACUAAAUGACUGAUAUUAGAAUUAUUAUUACAUUACGCACCUUAAAGUCAGUUUACCGUUCAGCCACUGAGUGACUGAGCUGUGGACUCAGUGUUACCGAGGCGCCACUCCCCCAGGAGCCACGCCGCCAGAAUACAGCAGGGUCCAGCAUUUCAGAGUUCUGCUUACUGUCACUACAUUCUGCUCUUACCUAACACUUAAAAGGAUGAAAGUCUCUCCUUUAGUUUCUCCCUAACCUCAGCACAUUUAGCACCUCAGCCUGCACACCUUUCAAAGUGAGAGUAUAUCUGGCCAGGAGAGGGUACUCAGGUCAUGACCCAGAAACACAUUACAAAACGACUAAUAAACUGAAUAAACUAAUAAUAAAUAAUAAACUAACAAUAUAUGUGCUUUAUUUUCUCGAUGAAAUGUCCAGUCAGAAUAGGAUUUUGACUUCAUGCACACAACGGCAAUAAACGCAGCUCCUCCUCCUUCAGUAACAUUUAAUAACAGUAAUAACAGUGAAGUGAUAACUUUUCAGUGACACAUCACUUACAUAGACAGUCCCAGACACCACAGAAACUGACUGUACUGAUUUUUUUUUUAAUACAAUAAAAUAUGUUGUCAGAGGCAAGUGAUCAAAAGGAAAAGAAAAAAAUAUAUAUACAUAAUAUGUAACAUAUAUUUUCAGUUUUCACAGCGUAGAAUGAUGCGCAGCAUGUCUACAUUUAUACGCAUAUUCUAAAAAAAGAAAGAAAGGACAUAUUCACCUUGUGUCAGGGCUCAUUUUCAUCUCUAGCAAGUUAUAGUAAUAAACCGUACAAUUUAUGUCAUCAAAUAUUCAAUAACGGAGUGCCAUCUCUGGUUGAAAAUGUCCACUUUCAUUUGUAGUGAUGCUGUCAUUGGUUCCAUUAUGUUUCAGCUUUUGUUUCCAUUCGCUAACCCUUUAACAUUCUUCCUAUUCAAAGUUACGAUUUUCUUUGCAACCAGUUACUACUAUAAUAAUAAUAUAUAUAUAUAUAUAAUUGGUUUUAUACAGUGCUUUUCAGGACACUCGAAGACGCUUUACAUUGCAUUCUUCAUUCUCUCCAUACUGGGUGGUGGUAAGCUGCUGCUG